CGCUUCCCGGGGCCGUGGCCUUCUGUGCUGGGGCUUCCCUCCUUCUCUUUCCCCGCCGCUAUGGAGAGUACUGCCGUUCUGCCCAUCCGCCGGUACCGGCGCGCCCUGGUGGAGGCUGUGAGGGAGCAGCCCUUCCUCAUCGUUACCGGCGAGACGGGCAGCGGCAAAAGCACGCAGCUGCCCAAGUACCUCUUCGAGGCAGGCCUUGCCAAGCAUGGGGCCAUCGGUGUCACCCAGCCCCGGCGCGUUGCCACCAUCUCGGUGGCACAGCGGGUGGCCGAGGAGAUGGGCUGCGCCCUGGGGAGUGUUGUCGGGUACCAGGUCCGCUUUGAUGACUGCACCACUGAGGAUACUGCCAUCAAGUAUAUGACCGAUGGCUGCUUGCUGAGGCACAUACUGGCAGAUCCCCUUCUCAGCCAGUACAGUGUCAUCGUUCUGGAUGAAGCCCAUGAGCGGAGCCUCAGCACUGACAUUUUAUUUGGCUUGCUGAAGAAGCUGUUCCUACAGAAGAAACCACCAGACAGGAAGAUUGCCAUGAAGGUGGUGGUGAUGUCAGCCACCCUGGAGGUGGACAAGCUCUCAGAGUUCUUUGGUGACUGUUCAGUGCUGCAUAUUCCAGGAAGAAAUUAUCCUGUCAAGGAGAUAUUCUGCAACCUGCUGAGCCCGAGGGAUGUAGGCAGCUCUGCGUACGUUACAGAGGCUGUAAAAGUGACGCUGGACAUCCACUUAAACGAACCAAAAGGUGACAUCUUGGUUUUCCUGACAGGUCAAAUUGAGAUAGAAAGAGCUUGUGACUUACUUUUCAAGAGAGCAGAGUCCAUCGAUUACCGGUACGAAGUACACGAUCGGGCUGUUGAAGGCCUGCUCAUCUUACCAUUGUAUGGGUCCAUGUCAACAGAUCAACAGAAAAGAAUAUUUUUGCCUGCUCCCACAGGCAUUAGAAAGUGUGUGGUGUCCACAAACAUUGCUGCAACGUCUCUGACGAUUGAAGGAGUCAGAUAUGUAGUAGAUAGUGGAUUUGUGAAGCAGUUGAACCAUAACCCCAGAGUUGGCUUGGACAUACUGGAGGUGGUUCCCAUUUCAAAGAGUGAAGCGAUGCAGCGAGCUGGCCGAGCUGGCAGGACAUCCUCUGGGAAAAGCUAUAGGCUGUACAGCAGAGACUUCUGGGAGCAAUGUAUGCCUGACCACACGGUGCCAGAGAUCAGGAGGACCAGUCUGACAUCUGUCAUCCUGACUUUGAAGUGCCUUUCGGUGCAUGAUGUCAUAAGAUUUCCCUAUUUGGACUGCCCUGAGGAAAGACACAUUUUAGAAGCUCUCAAGGAACUUUACCAGUGUGAUGCUAUUGACAGGAGAGGCCACGUGACAAGACUGGGUGAAUUCCUGGUGCAGUUUCCCCUCCCUCCCAACCUGGCCUGUGCUGUUAUAAAAGCUGCUUCUCUUGACUGUGAGGAUCUGAUGCUUCCCAUAGCAGCCAUGUUGUCUGUGGAAAAUGUCUUCAUUCGUCCAGGUGACCCUCAGAAGCAAAAGGAGGCUGAGCUUCAGCACCAGGAACUUUCCUCACAAGUGGGAGGCUGCAAUGACUUUGCAACUCUCUUAAAUAUCUUUGAACAGUGCAAAGCAAGCAAGUCUCCUUCAGCUUGGUGCCAGAAAUACUGGAUCCAUUGGAGAGCUUUAAAAUCUGCUUUCAGUGUGGAAAAACAGCUGCGGGAAAUAAUCACCAAACUGAAACAGCUUCCAGACUUCCCUAAAGAGACAUUUGAAGGCUCCAGGACAGAAAUACUAAGAAGAUGUCUGUGUGCAGGAUACUUCAUCAAUGUUGCUAGGAGGUCUGCAGCCAGGACAUUCUGCACAAUGGAUGGACAUGGCAGCAUAGUUUAUAUCCAUCCUUCAUCUACACUGUAUAACCAGGAGACUCAGCUGGAGUGGAUCAUUUUCCAUGAUGUCACAGUGACAUCCAAAAUCUACGUGCGGACGGUGUGUCCCGUUCGCUACGAAUGGGUCAAAGACUUGUUGCCCAGAUUGCAUCAGAUUGAUGCAUAUGAACUGAGCAGUGUGGCACGGGAAGAAGUAACUGAAGAGGAAAUAAGCAAGUGGAAGCAUAAAGAGGACCUUAAAAGGCAGUAUGAAACAGUCACAGACAACUCUGCAAAGAAGAUGGAGAGAAGGAAUGAUGACAAAUCAAUACUGGAUGCCCGAGCUCGCUAUCUUGAGAGAAAGCAGCAAAGAGCCCAGGGUUUAAGUGCUGCAGUGAAAGAAACAGGGUAAUGCCAUGAGGAAAAGCAGUUUGGUGCAGUUGUUGGGAGGAUGUUUGCAUAAUGCAGAGUGACAAACUGGAAUAGAGAAAAACUUCUGCUUUGUGGUACAUUUGAGUGUCAGACCACUUAAAUGCAACCUUCCUCUGCUGCAUCCAGCCAGGAAAAGUUAGCAAGCUGAAUUUUGUUGCCGCUUGUCACUGGCAACACUUUAGCAGCCUGAAGCGUGGGUGGAGACAUCAUACUGUGGUGCCAAUUCUGUGGCAUUUGAUUGAGGUAGAAAGGUCUCAGUGGUCUCAGUACUAUUAUUUAAUAAACUUUUCUUAAGUUUGGGAUUUCUUCUCUUUUAAGGAGCAGGACUAUUUUUAUCCAUUUUACUUUGGUUGGUUGUUUCCAUGCUUGUGCACUACUCAAGAAAACGGGUAGGUAGUGCUCUUCUAGUGAUGGAACCGUAUCAUGGUUUAACCCCAGCUGGCAACUAAGCGCAGCCAUCAGGAUCUAAACUCAAAAUGAGGUUUGCAACCUGCAUUCUGUGUUGCAGUCAGUGUUGUUUCUAUUCUGUGUUGUGCUGUACCAUGUACAGUGAUGUUUGUGGGUGAAAGUGUCUUUGUACACAAAGUAUUUUGUAACUGUCUUCAUGUUCUUGCUACAAAUACAUAAUUUUUA